CUGUGACCCUGCGCAAGACCGGACGCAAGCGAAGCCGAUUUAGCCGUGAAGCAAGACUUCCGAAAAGCUUCUGGAAAAAGCUUACGAUCGUUUCGAGAUGGUUGACCGCGCCACUUGCAUGGGAGCCAUCCAAUGGCAGGAAAUGAAUUCUCGUCAUGUUGUCCAUACCAAUAUGAUGGUUCCUCCUAGUCUUUGUCCAGCUCGACACUGCGCGACGGAAAGUGGGUUUACCAUUACUCAUCCGCGUGGGAGACUCUUCAACGAGAUCCAUGUGUGUGCACGUGUAUUGAGUCGGAAACCUUAAGAACUCAUCGACCCAGCAGACAAUAAAUUCGGUCGCGACCUUGUCUGCUGGAGAUCAGGUUGGACAAAUCAGUCGCUGAAAGUCAACGAGAGCAUUUGGAAAGGCCAUACGACAAUUCAUACAUCUUCAAUCAUGGUCGGUCGUGUUGCUACUACCGCUUUGGCACUCGCCUCGCUGGCGGCGGCUCUCCCUCAGGCUUCGGCUGCUGUCAACUCGGAAUCUCCUCAGCCGAACGUCAACACCGCCACUGCCACUGCUUCAGUCUACGCUGCACAGAAGACUGCCGCGACCUACAAAGGUAGCCCAAACUACGUUGGAGGCCAGGUCUUUGACCGUUUCGUCAACAUCUGGUUUGAGAACACCGACUACUCCAAGGCUGCUGCAGACCCGAACUUCCAAUGGCUCGCCAGCCAGGGUAUCAGCUUGACCAACUUUUAUGGAGUGACCCACCCUUCGCAGCCGAACUACAUCGCAGCUGUUGGUGGUGACAACUUCGGUAUGGACAACGAUGCCUUCUCCCAAAUCUCCGCAGAUGUCUCGACUAUCGUCGAUCUCUUGGAGGACAAGAGCAUCUCGUGGGCCACUUACCAGGAGGAUAUGCCUUACACAGGCUUCGAGGGAAACGCCUGGCGCAACCAGAAGACCCAAGCGAACGAUUAUGUCCGCAAGCACAAUCCCCCGAUCAUCUACAACAAGAAUACCAGCCCUCGUCGUCUUUCCUACCAGAAGAACCUCACUCAGUUCUACCAGGACCUCAACUCCCAGUCGCUGCCUCAAUGGAUGUUCAUCACCCCGAACAUGACCUCCGACGGCCACGACACUUCGGUGACCACUGCUGGACAGUGGCUCCGCGGUUUCCUCGGCCCGCUUCUCAGCAACAGCUACUUCACUAGCAACACCUUGAUUCUGGUCACCUUUGACGAGAACCACAGCUACACCAUCGGCAACCAGUUGUUCACCGUCUUGCUUGGCGAUGUCGUGCCUGACUCGCUCGUUGGCACCACCGACAACAAGUUCUACGACCACUACUCUGAGCUCGCCACAGUCGAGGCCAACUGGAACCUCCACACUCUCGGUCGCUGGGAUGUUGGUGCCAACGUUUUCGACCUGGUCGCGCAGGUCACUGGAGAUGGGUACCAGGCCAACACGGCCGUCACUGGAUCCUCUCCCAGCGUCUUCCUCAACUCCUCGUUUGCGGGUCCUUUCAACACCGGCUUCCAGUCUGCUGCGUACCCCAUCCCCAACACCAACAUUGUCUCGCCUGGCACCGGUCGCACUGUGCUCCCGAGCAUUGUCAACCAGUACAGCGGCAGCCAGACCUCUAAGAACAUGUACUACAAGGCCAGCGCGAGCAUCCCUGAUGGCCAGCAUCCGCCGGCGGGAUACGCCUACAACAACGUGAACAACUAGAUGGGAGAUUAGUCACUGCGUAUUGGAAUGAGCUCCCUCCAGAUCUGUAAAGGUCUGGCAUUGUUAGAACCAACCCAAAAAAUUGCAUAGUGAAACAUGCCAC